AUGGACAUGGACGACGCCCUCGCUACGCCCACACUCGCCACCGACGUCAGCAGCGCGCGCCUGCGCCGGUACCAUCGCGAGUGCGCCGUCCGCCUCGAGACGACGCUGCGGCUCUUGCGCGAGGGUCAGGAGCGCGACCGCCGCGCACGGCGCACCCCUUUGGGCGCCGCGCCACGUCGUGACGGGUUGUGGCUGCCCGCCCACAGCGCGCGGCAGUGGAAACUCCUGCGCGAGCGCAGUGACAUUCAGGUGUACCGGCAGCGCGCGACCCGUAGUCGCUUGGCGACGGUGCAGGCGCGCGGAACGGUCCACGGCUCGCUGCACGACGUCAUGAACGGACUGUACGCCGACUCGACGCGCACCGCACGGGUGCUGGAGCGGCUGCUGAGCCCGCGGUCGCUCGACGCGCGCGUGCUCCACGUGGACAAGCGCAGCUCCGAGACGCGCCCGUUCCAGUUCGCAGGCAUUGUGUGGCUGGCGCAGAAGCUCCCGGGGCUCGGCCUCUGUCGUCCGCGCGACUUUGUCUGCUUCAAGAAGAUGGACGUCGUGACCGACGACGUGGGCGACGACAUGGGCUACUUGGUGCUGCACUCGAUUGAGCCGCUCGCGAGCGAUGACGCCGACGCACAGACGCACCCGACCGACGCGACGUGGCCGCCUGCUCCAACGCGCAGUGGCCGCGCGGGUCCGAAGCCCGGUCACAAGUCCAAAGACGUCGUGCGCGGCUUUGUCUCGCUCGCGAUCGUGUUCAAGCGCCUCGCGGACGACCGCGUGGCGAUGUUCGCGCACGGCCAGUUCAACUCUAGCGGCCGCUUGGCGCCCAUUGUGGGCGACCAGUGCAUUGCAGAGUGGCUUACGUCGAUGGCCAAUACGGUGCAAAGCGGCCAGGCCAAGAACCUGUCGGUACUCCUUGCGGGUCAGACGCAGCGAUUGCGUGACGCGGUCAGCGCCCGCCCGCGCUGUGGAGUGUGCGCUCGAGCGCUGUACUUCUGGAACGCCCCGCGCCACUGCCGCGGGUGCUGGAAGCCCUGCUGUCGUACGUGUCGCGUGAUUAAGCCGAUUUUCUGUGCGCACUACCACCCAGAGGGCAUCAGUGCUGCUGGCGGGCCCUGCACAGAGACCUUUUGUCUUGCUUGCGUGUGCGAGGUGAUCCCCUCAGUGGCUACGAUCAACGCGCGCCUGCUCAAGCGGUUGGCGAAAAAGCGGAAGCGCGCGCCGACGUUUAUCCGCCCGACGAUAACGUCGUCUUCGGUCACCGACGCGUCCAUUCCACGUCAACGGUACCAGUCAGCGGCUGCUUCCGAGCGCGCGGAGCGACUAGUAUCAGCUGCAGAACUUUCUUCCAUCUCAGCACUGUCGUCACGCGAAUCCGAGAAGCACCAGCAACACCGGUUGAGUGUCAAUACUCGGCCCAAGAAGCGGACCUCCGUGCAAUCAUUGGAAACGGCAGGUCAGGAGGCACCGAGCGAUAAAAGCGGCGCGCUCGAUGCCGCAAGUAUGAUGCUGGAAGUGCUGGAGCACUACCAGGUCCGCCGUGGCAGCGCCGCAUCCGCCAUUUCAGGAAUGUCGUCGUCCAAUGCAGAGAAUUCGCUGCGUUCGUUUACGUCUGCGGAUCUGGGAUCGACUUCGACCAACUACUAUACGUCGUUGCAGCUCGGCCGUUUCCCGUCUGGGAACAGCUUGUUGACGCACAACCAAAGCUUUCACCAGCAAGUACCGGCUUUCGCAACGGUACGCCGAGGCCAAGUGCCUCUGGACUGCCGAAAAUCGACACCUGUUCAAGCGCAGAGCAGCUUUUGGCUCCCGCGUCAGUCGACUCUGGUGAAGAAAGCCAACGAGUCGUCAUCGCCUCCACUUGACGAAGAAUACUACCAGCGACUGCUCCAGAACUACCUACGUCACACCUACAGCAGUCGCAGUUUAGCAAGUGCGCUGUCCCACAGCAGCUACGGCGUCAAAUCGAUGGUCAUUCCCUAG